CGAUGGGAGAAAGACAAGGUUUUUCUCGUGCUUUGAGCGUUUAUUCGCGUGUUCUGUGACAGCUUGGGAGACAGCUUGGAGAUAAUUUAAUUCGACUUGAUCAAUUCAAACAUAACUACGAAGGACAAGGAAUCGCAAUGGAACACAUCACCCUCGCCUCGCGUGAAUACGAAUUUAGGAACCAUACCAUAAAACCUUUGGAUAUUGACGAGGAUCCCUCUGGACUUUUACGUGGAGGCGUUGGAUCAACCAUCUGGGAUGCAGCGAUUGUUUUGGCAAAAUAUCUCGAGAAAUCAAAUCUUCUCUCAAUUGCUUCUUCCUCCACCUCAGCGACUGAAACACCCCGAUCAUCAACACCAAUUAACGUUCUGGAACUCGGGGCAGGAACAGGGAUUGUAGGUCUGGCAGUUGCUAGGUUGCUCAGUGCUAAAGGAGUUGAGGCUAGAGUUCUCUUGACGGAUAAAGAGAAUGUUGUACCCCUCUUGAGCCGAAACAUCCAAAGAAACCCUUCCAUUGGAAUCGAUAUUCAAGCACAAACUUUAGAUUGGGAAGAAGACGAAAGUAGCAGUUCUUCUUCCAAUGCUCAGAAAAUACACGCCCUUAUCGAUACAAAUUGGGAUAUGGUCAUUCUAAGCGAUUGCAUAUGGGUACCAGGACUAUAUAAACCUUUGAUCAGCACCAUCAACGCAUUAAUAACCCCAAGCGCCAGCAAGACACAGCUUGUUAUUGCAUUCGAGAAGCGCAAUUUCGCCGAGGAGAUGGAGUUCUUCGCAAUGUUGGGCAAAACCUUUCGUUUCAGAGAUAUCAAACCUGAAGAACAGGAUGCCGAUUAUCAGAGUGAAGACAUUUACUUGUUUGUUUGUCAGCGUCGAUCAUAACAACAGAAAAUAAUGCAAGAUAAAAGAUACAAUCUAAAAACUU